UAUGCCACGUUCAAUAAGUUCAUCAUUUAAUCGAAGUACAUCGCAACAGCUCGCUUCUUCAUUAGAUUCGUUGUUAGCAUCAUCUGAGGAACAGUUCGCAUAUCAAUGUCCACCAAAUUCAGUUGCAGAGGAAGACAGCGGACUAAGUUCGUCAGACCCAUCGUUAAAGUCAUGCGACUCAUUCAGACGAAGGUCAUAUCAGUGUCCAACAUAUUAUAGAAAUUCAAUGACUAGUUCGGAUCAGAUGUCACUUAAGGAAGAUACACCUAGUUCGACAGACACAUCGAUCCCGUUGCAACAGCUCAAUUCUAUAUCAUAUUCACUAGGUUCCACAGAAUCAUCUCUAAGGUCAUUCGGAGGAAGUGAAUAUGAAUGUCCAUCAAAUUCAGUAACGGGCUCGGAUCAGAUGAACAUUCCGGAAGACGUGCAGAGUUCGACUAACUCAUCUAUUCGGUCACACAGGAAACCAUCAUCUCGUCAUUACAGGUUUUCUCAAAGUAAAAUCGUGGGGAUAAUUAGAUUGCUACUUAGUAAGCAUUAUAAAUACAUCAACAAGUGUGCGAGAAUGGUCGACACAACCAUUGAUUUACAAACAAUUCCUCUAUCCGCGUUAAGAUUAAAAUCGCGAAAUUAUCUUGCUACUUACCUUGAUGCUAUUAAUAUACUGCCAUCGUCCGAUGGAUGUUCGAGAGAUUGGAGAGGAAUCUUUCAACGAUCCGGUCUGGGCAAUCAAUACAUGUCAUUUCUUUCGGACAAACCAAAUCCAACGAUAGAAUUGAUAAAAAUUUUGGAAGGCGAACUGAAAGGCAUAACAUUUGGUGAUUUUCGUUUUAUGUUGGGCGUCAUCGACAGAUGGGAUGUUGUCGAUGAUACAUACGAAUUGUUUGUUGACGAUGCAUUGGAGUAUCUCAAGAAACAAGAAAAAUUUAACCGAAGCCAACAACAAUACGUAGAUACGUCAAUGGUCAAAGAAGUUAAUCCCAAUUGUCUGACGAUAGAUGAUGUCAUUUUGGCGGAAAAAGGUUUACCGCUUCAACAGUACGACGCGUUCAUUUUAUUUGCAGACAAGGACAUUGACUUCGCGACCGAAAUGAUCGAAAAAUGCGAAGCAUUCGGGCUGAAGUUGUGCGUCAAAGAGCGCGAUUUUUUGGCUGGCCUGACCUUUGAGCAUGACGCAAUUCGACAUCUGUUGACCGAAAGAUGUGAUCGAUUGGUUGUGAUACUGUCGCCCGAUUUUGUGUGCAGCCCUCUCAAUGAAUACAUAGCCAAUUUGGCACAAUCGUUAGGCAUAGCUCAAAGGAAACGGAAAAUCAUUCCAUGUUUGUACAAACAGUGCGAACUGCCCGAGAUAUUCCGACACAUCCAUCUUCUCAAUUACCAGAGAUCGAAACCGUUUUACAAUUUCUGGGACAAAUUGAAAAUGUCACUGCAAACCACGCCUGAAGAACGGAUAGCAAAUCAGUGUCCGCAAAUUACAAUAACUGAUGCCGAUCAAAAACCGGUUACAAAAGAUGUACAAGAUACGAUAGCCUUACCUGUCCGGCCAUACAAACGAAAUACAUCACAGCAACAGCUGUCUAAGGAAUUCGAAUCACUACCAACGCCCAUUUCUGCACCACCCAUAACAUCAGAUUCAAAUAAAAAGUUCUGGCCACCAUCACCGAAACUCAGAUCAGCCACAUCUAUGGUCAACCUUACCGAUCUGGACAUGACCGAAAUGAAUAACAACGAACAACGAUCGAAGAAACCCAAAUGGUACAAUAAAUUAUCGCACACACUGAAGCUGACACCGCAGACUCUGAAAUUGUCGGGCAGCGAGUCGAAUUUGAGUAAAGAAAAGACGAAAACAAAAAAGAAUAUUUGGCGUCGAAUCAAAAUGGCUAGUCACAGCUGAUGAUGUUUAAUGAACGCAAAUUGUGUGAAAUGUUUAAGUUCGACGUUGCGGUUAGAUGUCGAUUGUAUUUUUUAUGGCGAACUGUAAAUUUAUCUUUUCAUUUUUAUCAAAUAAAUUUUUGAGAAAGAAA